UCAUGUCUUCUGGCAGUGUGUUCUCUGAAACGCUCCAAACAAUCACCACAACCAAACUCGAGGAGCUUGCAGAACACCGCCUAGCAUUUGAGAAGCAAUAUACGGCUCUGCUCAAAUCGGCAGACUCGGAACCAGAUGCAUUGAAGCGACUCUUCGUCCUCGUGGAAGGUGCAAAGUCCUCUCUACGAGUCGAGACGGCCAACGAUAAGAACGGUACACGUGGACGGGUCAUCAUCGGAUCAACGGGGAACACUCGCCUGGAGACCGACCUCAAGAAUCUCGACCGCUUCCUGGAGCAGGCUCGUUAUGACCCCUCGGUCUCGCCCAAGGUUCUACAGGACUGGGAAGCAUCUGUUAGGCAAUACCUUGCCAUCCAGUCUGCCAAAUAUCAAUAUGCCGACUUAUAUGGCAAGCUUGUUACCGAAUGGCUGACUUCUGAAAAGUCGGCUUUGACGGAUGAUGAAGACGUGAAAAUGACAGAUAGUUUCGAGGAACUCCCGGGUGUCAAGAAGAUGGACUCUCGUUCCAAGUGGGAGAAGAUGGUUUUUGAGCCUGCUGAGGUCGACGUGGCAGGCCUGAAAUCGUACCUUGAAGACCUUUUUCUUGGAGGCCCCAAGGAGAAUGCAAAGUUUUUUAACGAGCUCAAAGAGUCAGUCGAGACGUUCGAGAAGAGUUUCAGUACCCCGUCGCAAUUCACUGUUGAUGUUCUGCGCUGGGUCAUCGAUGGUGUUGAGUCCUCGGAUCUCCUGACCAAUGAGAAACGCGAAGUUCUGAAGGACUUCCUCAGCAAUGACACCAUUCUCAGCGAGAUAUCAGAUGUGCUGAAUAUGCGCAUGGCCGCUUUGAGUCGAUGGUCAUGGGGCGAAUUCGUACCUCUCGAGCAACGCCGCAGCUUGAACGGCAGUUACACCAUUCAUAUGCACGAAGAUCUUCUGCAGGCUAUUUUCUUGCACUAUAUUGGUGCUAAAUGGUCCUCCUUCUUCAAGAAUGCUUUCAGGACUUUUACACGAAAGACAGCCCCUUUCAAUAAGCCGGAAGUCUCCACCAAAGCCGACAAGCUCCACCGCAAGUACUAUCUUGGGAAACGAGGGACCUGGACAGCUCCAUCUCUUCGAAGUGAACGGUUCAAGAAGUUCCGAACGGAUUACUUUUCCCACCAACUUCUUGACUAUCCAGACCAGCAGAUUGAAAUACAGCAAGGUGAAGAAGAAGCCGACUUCGAGGAUUACGUUCAACAAAAAAAGAAGAAAACGUUUGGCGGGCGCACAAAGCAGACUGCUCGUAAAUCAACAGGUGGUAAAGCCCCAAGAAAGCAGCUUGCUUCAAAAGCUGCGAGAAUGAGUGCUCCCUCCCAACCAAACAGAUUUCUUCGGGAUGAGGAUACAGAAGAAGAAGAAGACCUUAUUGACUAUUCCGAUGAGGGAGAUGAAGAAGAACGGAAUGAAGAAGAAGAGGAAGUAUACCCACCAAGAGGGCCGAAGAGACCGAUGCAGGCCAAGCAAACCCUCCUUCAUCUCCUAUCGACAGAGAUUGUGCUCAACACUCAUCUACACGGCGAGCUCUCCUGUUUUCGGUCUGUCUUUGAUUCCUGGAAUCCUCUCCUGCCCCACGACACUAUACUCGGCGUCCUUGAAUUUCUGGGUGUCUCACCUAAAUGGCGCACGUUCUUCAAAAAGUUUUUGGAGGCGCCGUUAAAGUUUAUGGAUGAUGUCUCGGCCGAACCUCGAGCUCGCCGACGCGGUAUGCCGGGGUCGCAUGCGCUGAGCGAUGUAUUUGGGGAAGCGGUGCUGGCUUGCCUUGAUUUGUCAGUUCAUCGUGCUACAGAAGGUGGCUUGCUGCACCGCGUGUACGAUGACAUCUGGUUCUGGUCGGAAGAUUACGAAAAAUGUGCGGAGGGCUGGGCACGCGUCACUAAGUUCACGGAGGUUAUGGGCGCUAAGAUCAACGAAAGAAAGACAGGGAGUGUCCGCAUCGCCGGUGACUCUUCAAAAAGCCUUAGUAUCGAUGACCGUCUUCCAACGGGUGAAAUCCGAUGGGGCUUCCUGUACCUAGAUGACACAACAGGACGUUUCGAAAUCGACGACACAAUGGUAAGCGGGCACAUCGAGGAGCUCCGAAAACAACUCGAAGGCAAAAAAACAAGCGUCAUCGACUGGAUCCAAGCCUGGAACACGUACGCAGCAACCUUUAUGAGCUCCAACUUCGGCCAAGCCGCAAACUGUUUCGGCCGCGAGCACGUCGACAAAAUGCUUGCAACCCACCGCCGCGUCCAGGAAACAAUCUUCGACGGCGGAAACGUAACACAGUUCCUCAAAACCAUCAUCCGCGAGCGCUUCGGAGUCGAAAACAUCCCAGACGGCUUCCUCUUCUUCCCCGUCGAACUCGGCGGUCUAGACCUCCAAUCCCCCUUCGUAGGCCUCCUCCAGAUCCGCGAUUCCGUCAAGGAAAACCCCCGCGACUUCAUGACCGAAUACGAUGAAAACGAACGCAGCGACUACGCCGAUGCGAAAGCCCGCUUCGACCGUUUGGGGUCCCGCAUCGAGCCCCGCGACCCGGAUCACUCCUUCAAACCGGCGAAUAACCCCGAUACGUUCCUCUCCUUUGAGGAAUUCGUAAAACACCGCGAGCACUACUAUCCUAGCGGGAAAGCGGACCUCACGCGCGUCUACCGCGCGCUACUCACGCACCCCGUAGAGGAGAGCAUCGAUAUCAGUUCGACGAUUGACGAGGCUAUCAAAGGGUUGAGCGGGCAGGGGAAUCUGAAGAGUAUCACGAGCACGUGGUACAGUAUGGCGCCGUACUGGAAGUGGGUUGCGCAGAUGUAUGGGCCGGAGAUGGUGGAGCGGUUUGGCGGACUGAAUGUUGUGGAUGCCGAGUUGCUGCCUAUUGGGAUGGUGAGUUUGUUCAGGCAGAAGAGGGUCAAGUGGCAAGGUUAAUUAGGUUGUGUCUAUAUAUAUACGUGGAGUCAAAAAACGAGUAUCGGGGACUUUGAGCUAUUCCGAAGCCCCUUUCUAUUGAUCGGUUCCUUGGAAACUGUUACUGAAGGGCAAUCGAUCUCGUUCGUUUAGGCACAACAAAUAUAUCUGUCUCGAUCUACCUCCACCAUUUAUUCAAAUUUAGCUACUGCCCAUACACAAAAGCAGGGCGAACUAUCUCAACAUCUUAUUUUAUUUUCAUCCU